GGAUCGGGGAGCGCUGCGGCGGUGGGAGGCGUGGAGCCCGGCCCGGGGCCCGAGUGGACUUGUGUGUGUGAAGGGGAGACCCAGAGCGCUGCCCGGCGCCCGCCCUGUGGCCGCACGUGGGCGGGAGCGGCGGCCCGAGAGGAGCUCCAGGAGAAGGAGGAGGAAGAGGAGGGACGCGCGGCGGCGCAGCGGGGACCCGGGGCCGCCCGCGCGAAGCCCCGCCCCGGCCGCUGAGCCCCUCGCGGGCGGGCGGGAUGCCCCGCGGCUGCCGCACUUUGGCCGGAGCGCUGUCCUGAGCCAGCCGGUUCAGCAUCUGCGGCGAGUGCGGCGAGCGCACGGGCGCCGCGGGCGCCAUGGAGCAGUGGCGGCAGUGCGGCCGCUGGCUCAUCGACUGCAAGGUCCUGCCGCCCAACCAUCGGGUCGUGUGGCCCUCGGCCGUGGUCUUCGACCUGGCGCAGGCGCUGCGCGACGGCGUCCUCCUGUGCCAGCUGCUGCACAAUCUCUCCCCCGGCUCCAUCGACCUCAAGGACAUCAACUUCCGGCCACAGAUGUCCCAGUUCCUGUGUUUGAAGAACAUCCGCACCUUCCUGAAAGUCUGCCAUGACAAAUUUGGACUAAGGAACAGUGAGCUGUUCGACCCCUUUGACCUCUUCGAUGUACGAGACUUCGGGAAGGUCAUCUCGGCUGUGUCCCGACUGUCACUGCAUAGCAUCGCGCAGAACAAAGGGAUCAGGCCUUUUCCCUCAGAGGAGACCACAGAAAAUGACGAUGACGUCUACCGCAGCCUGGAGGAGCUGGCCGAUGAGCAUGACCUGGGCGAGGACAUCUACGACUGUGUCCCGUGUGAGGAUGAAGGGGACGACAUCUACGAGGACAUCAUCAAGGUGGAGGUACAGCAGCCCAUGAAAAUGGGCAUGACCGAAGAUGACAAGAGGAGCUGCUGCUUGCUGGAGAUUCAGGAGACAGAAGCCAAGUACUGUCGGACCCUGGAGGACAUUGAGAAGAACUACAUGGGCCCCUUGCGGCUGGUGCUCAGCCCGGCAGACAUGGCGGCUAUCUUCAUCAACCUGGAGGACCUGAUCAAGGUGCAUCACAGCUUCCUGCGGGCCAUCGAUGUGUCCAUGAUGGCAGGGGGUGGCACCCUGGCCAAGGUCUUCUUGGAGUUCAAGGAGCGGCUCCUGAUCUAUGGGGAGUACUGCAGCCGCAUGGAGCAUGCCCAGAGCACGCUGAACCAGCUUCUGGCCAGUCGGGAGGACUUCAGGCAGAAAGUGGAGGAAUGCACGCUCAAGGUCCAGGAUGGCAAGUUCAAGCUGCAAGACCUGCUGGUGGUCCCCAUGCAGCGGGUGCUAAAGUACCACCUGCUGCUCAAGGAGCUCCUGAGCCAUUCUACUGACCGACCUGAGAGGCAGCAGCUCAAAGAAGCACUGGAGGCCAUGCAGGACCUGGCCAUGUACAUAAACGAGGUGAAACGGGACAAAGAGACCCUGAAGAAAAUCAGUGAGUUUCAGAGCUCCAUAGAAAACCUGCAAGUGAAACUGGAGGAAUUUGGGAGGCCAAAGAUUGAUGGGGAACUGAAAGUCCGGUCCAUAGUCAACCACACCAAACAAGACAGGUACCUGUUCCUGUUUGACAAGGUAGUCAUCGUCUGCAAGAGAAAGGGCUAUAGCUAUGAACUCAAGGAGGUCAUCGAGCUGCUCUUCCACAAGAUGACAGACGACCCCAUGCACAACAAGGACAUCAAGAAGUGGUCCUACGGCUUCUACCUGAUUCACCUUCAAGGGAAGCAGGGUUUCCAGUUCUUCUGCAAGACAGAAGACAUGAAGCGGAAGUGGAUGGAGCAGUUCGAGAUGGCCAUGUCAAACAUCAAGCCAGACAAGGCCAACGCCAACCAUCACAGCUUUCAGAUGUACACGUUCGACAAGACCACAAACUGCAAAGCCUGCAAGAUGUUCCUCAGGGGCACCUUCUACCAGGGCUACCUGUGCACCAGGUGUGGCGUCGGGGCACACAAGGAGUGUCUGGAGGUGAUGCCCCCCUGCAAGAUCAGUUCUCUGGCAGAUGUGGAUGCGUCUGGAGCAGGACCAGGUCCCAAGAUGGUGGCCGUGCAGAAUUACCAUGGCAACCCUGCCCCUCCUGGGAAGCCUGUGCUGACCUUCCAGAUGGGGGAUGUGAUUGAACUCCUGCGAGGCGACCCUGAGUCCCAGUGGUGGGAGGGUCGGCUGGUACAGACCAGGAAGUCAGGAUAUUUUCCCAGCUCCUCUGUGAAGCCAUGCCCAGUGGAUGGAAGGCCACCCAUCAGCCGACCGCCAUCCCGGGAGAUCGACUACACUGCAUACCCCUGGUUUGCAGGCAACAUGGAGAGACAGCAGACAGACAACCUGCUCAAGUCUCACGCCAGUGGGACCUACCUCAUCAGGGAACGGCCCGCGGAGGCCGAGCGCUUCGCCAUAAGCAUCAAAUUCAACGAUGAGGUAAAGCACAUCAAGGUGGUGGAGAAGGAUAACUGGAUCCACAUCACAGAAGCAAAGAAGUUUGAAAGCCUCCUGGAGCUGGUGGAGUACUACCAGUGCCACUCGCUCAAGGAGAGCUUCAAGCAGCUGGACACUACACUCAAGUUCCCUUACAAGUCUCGGGAGCGUGCUGCCUCCAGGGCCUCUAGCCGGUCCCCAGCUUCCUGUGCUUCCUACAACUUUUCUUUUCUCAGUCCUCAGGGCCUCAGCUUUGCCCCUCAGGGCCCCUCCGCUCCCUUCUGGUCAGUGUUCACGCCCCGGGUCAUCGGCACAGCCGUAGCCAGGUACAACUUUGCAGCGCGGGACAUGAGGGAGCUCUCUCUACGGGAAGGCGACGUGGUGAAGAUCUACAGCCGCAUCGGUGGGGACCAGGGCUGGUGGAAGGGCGAGGCAAAUGGACGGAUCGGCUGGUUUCCUUCAACGUAUGUGGAAGAGGAGGGCGUCCAGUGACAGCAGGAGCGUGGACAGGACUUGCGGAUUUUCUUGGGAGAGUCUCCCCAGCUCUGAAGUCCAUCUCCCAUGACCCCCAGGGGAAAUGCCUGCCAACCUUCCAGUUGUCGACAGCCCAUAGGGAUCGGGAGGGUGUUCGAAAUCCUAAAUGCAGACCGUUUCACCACCACCUGACCUUGGUGGCUUGUCUCUAGGUACCUUCCCUGUACAUAGAGGAAAUCUGAGCUAGCCUCACCCAGAGCGCCAAGGAGAGGGGGCUCCAGCAGCAUUAUCAGACAGGCCGUGGGCGACAGCUAAGACAGAAGCUCACAGUUUGCCCCUCUUGCUGAGAUGGUUGUUAGGAGCCUCAGAUUAAAUAGCGGGGUGGUGUCCGAGGGCGGCCCCUCGACUCAGCCGCCCGUCUUCUCUGCUGCUCUCAGGGGAUUCAGGCCUUGAGAGGCAGACAGGACCAGAGUCAGGCUGCUGCCGCAGCCCCACUCAACCCAGCUGUGUGGGGACGCAGAGAAAGAGAGCUUGUGGGUUCCCUAGACUUCCCCUGACUUCCUUGCGUCCCUCCACACUAGGGGCAUGCAGAGCCCCACUGGGCAGGUCCCUGUCUUGGUAGGGGCCUUAGGAAUGAGGACAUCACCACCCCACCCCACCCCUAGUCAAUGGUACUGCUCUUUGCCUCACUGAGAACCCCUUUUCUGAACCCUGGGAAUGUCUGCCCUGCUGCUGGGGAACAUGUUUUCUGUCAACCCUGAAGAGCAGGGGAGAUGACAGGGCUCCCUUCGCCAGGUCUCUGCCACCCACCUCCCUCUCCAGGAGUCCUGUCUUGGUCUCCUCCGUCCUGCACAGUGGUGCUGGCUUUUGCACGAGAUGUCAGUACUAGUUCUUGGCAGGUCUCCCCUCCCCGCAAGGACUCCUGCAGCCCACAAGCUGAGCCUGUGGCCAACGUGAAAUAAGUGCUCUUGGGUGACUCCACCCGGUCCCCCAUCCCCGUCCCCCCCAGCCUUUGGCCCCUGACUGGCUUGCCUAGCCCUGUUUCUGUACCCUCCUGUUGUGUAACACCUAGCAAGUCUGUCUCCUGUGAGCUCCCUGCCAAAGCUUCUGGGGGACCCGGGCUUCCUAUGGCCCCUUCUCUUGGGCCAGCCACCCAGCCCUGGGUGAGGAAGAGGCCCAGCUGAGGCUGGUACUGGGGAGGCUGUCCCUGCUGAGGGUGGGACUGGCACCACACUGCACCUGGCGGGGGAGGACUUAGGUUGGCCUGUGGCCUCCAGGCUCGGUGCCCAGGCCCAGCAUGCCAGGCAUGGGGAGGAGUUGGGGAGGGUCAGGAGGUGGGGAGCAGUGGGAAGAGAAGACACCCUGCCAAGGCUUGAGAAAUGAGAAGAAAUGGUGCAGGUUGGAGGGGGUGAAGCGUUGGCCUCGGAGAGAGCGCAGUCAAACCCUUGUGAGUCAGGUGCACGGAGCACUUUGUGCAGGACCCUCGGCUCAGCCAGCCCAGCCACGGGCCCAGGACGGCAGGGGAGGAAGCCAGUCAGCCCCUUCUGUUUACGUCGUCAGAACGUCCUCGUGCUUUCGUUUUGGGGGUCUUCUGUUCUGUUGUGUUUUGUUUGGCCUGUUUGUUUUCUAAGGGGAAAAAAGUUUGUAAUUAUUCCAUCCACAUCUCCCAUUAUAUAUCUGUGAAUAAUAAGAGAUUUUAUAAUAGCAAGAAAAGGAUGUAUAUUUUAGUUUGUUGCAAAACAACUCAUCAUGAUAACGAAGGACACUGAAAAAAAAAUUUAGAACCCUGGUUUUUGUGAAUGUUUUGCUUUGUGUUUGUUUUGAAAUGUCUUUGUUUUGGUUUUGCACCAAGCAGGGUGGUGGGGAGGCCGGGGGCAAGCUGGGACACCGAUGUUUCUGCAGGAGGCAGGAUGCCCUCGGGGGACGGAGGACCUGAGGCCUGAGAUCAGCUGUGAACACUUAGGAGCCCAAUGCAUGCAAGUCAGGGAUGGAGGGGUCCCUCAGCCAGCGGUGACCCCAAACGGAGUACAAACUGUAUAUUUGCCAAUGGGUUUUUCAGACCACAGUUUAUACUGCAA